GUGGCUAAAGAGCAAAUGUUGAUCAAACAACACAAGCAGGUGUGGUGGCAGGAACAGGAGCGGCUGCAGGGAGCCAGAUGUAAAUUGGAGUCUGAAAUAAAAUCUUGUCUCAAUGAAGAGAGCAUUGGAAAUGAAUGCUUUUGUGAGCUUAGGAAUUUUGAGAAAGAGCUGGCAGAACAAUGGUGCACAUAUCUCAAAGCUGUGAUCCAUCCCAUUCAUCAGCAGAGAAGAGACCUGAAGAAACAGUGCCACACUUCCCAGCAUGCACCCCGCCAUACCGGGUCUAAUUCAUCAACGGUUCUGGAAGAGGUCGACUUUGUCAGGAAACAGUCCAAGGCUGCCUUUGAAAAGCUUGACCAGGAGCAACAGAAACUAGAAAAAGACCUUUCAGCCUGGAGUGUGAAGUUAGUAGAUGACUCUUCAGAAAAGGCUAACCUGCUCAGCGAACACCCUACGGAGCUAGAAACUUUGGAGUGCCCAUACCCGGAUCUGAAAUCGUCAGUCCUUAAUGAGUUCUGGAACUUGACAGAGAAAUAUCAAAAGAAACUUGAAGACUUUGAUCUGCAAUUAGAAGACAUACGCAGAAACUUCCAGCUAAGUGAAGAAGAGCAGUGGAUUUACCAGGCUGUCUUAGAUCAGUACCCUGGAAAUCUCCUUGGCAGAAGGACUCUGUACUUGGACAUGUUACAAAGAUACUUUCCUCACAAACCUAGACAUCUUUUGGUAGAACAUGAGAAAUACUGUGACCAGUAUCACUUUGCUGGAGAGCAGAGAAGAAUCCUGAUAGACAAUUGGACCAAAAGCAGGAAAGACUUCAUACAGAAAGCUCUGCUGACCCUCCUCGAGGCCUGUGCAGCCCAUGAAAUGGAGAGCACGCUGGCCAAGGACAGGAAACGGCAGCAGGAGCUGUGUGCUGAUCUUAAGGCCAAGGUUUCUCAGUGGCGAGCCCACCAGGACGAGCUAGCGAGACUGGAAAUGGAAAUUUCCGUCAGAAGACGACAAAGGGAGGAGGAGAAAGAGAAACUUUGGAAAGAGAAGGAGUUGCUGCAGAGGGAGGAGACAAAGACAAAGAUAAGGAAAUACUGGGCUGAGAAGCAGCAGAAGUGGCAAGACAUGGAAACGAGAGAUCUCCAGCGACUAGAAGAACUGAAGGCAUUCAUGGCUGAGCAGUCAGUGAAAGACAGAGAAAGGGUUAAAUAUAGACAAGAAUUACUGGAGAAGCGUUUGAUGGAGAGAAAAAAAGUGGCCCUUCAAGAAGUUCAGGAAGAGGAAGAGCGAGAGAGGCGGCUGGAAGCCCUUCGAAAACAGGUUGUUGUUGUUGUUCAGUCUGAUCCAGUUAGGAUGAUGUCAGACACAAUGGCAUGGAAAGCUAGGACGGGCCCUGAAUGUGAAGAUGAAUUCAUCCUUCAGAAGCCUCUCUUCACACUGACUACGUACAACGAGCAGCAGAUAACUUCUGAUCCUAGACUUAGAUUUGAGCUAGCGCUUCGUGAAGCUGGACUCCAUAAGACACAGUACGCCAAAGAGAUGCUACCAAAAAUUGGUCCUCUGAAGCCUCCAAGGAAGGACACAGAGUCGACUGUAUUCAAAACCUAG